GGCUACGGGUAGGGUGAGUGAGUCGGUGCCUGUGCAGGUCAUACCACCCGCCAUCUGCCAUCUUGCACUCUGGAUGAUCAAGCGUAGGUGGCGUGACGAAGAGCUGCAUCUGGCGGCUGGUAGCACUGGCGGCAACGCUGUGGGCUCCAUCGUUGUCGUCCCUGUCACGUCUAACGGCCAGGCUCCGUCGUCCGUUACUCUGCUCAUCAAGGAGAGGAGAGGUGAGAGGGAGAGAGAGAGAGGAGAGAGCGAGAGGAAGAGGAAGAGAGCCAGUACGCGUCCGACUCUUGCAGACACUGGAUCUUGAAGACUGAGCGGAGAGAGGGAAGCCUUUUCCACUUGCUGUUUCAAGCUCUUUGGUAAGUCGAUCGCACCUCAGGUUCCUAGCGAGGCAUGUGAGCACGCUCUCCCUCUUUUUUGCGGUUCAAUCUCUUGAGCAUUUGUCUCUCGAGCAGUGUGAGGAAGGGAGAAAUAACGGCCCCCUUUGUGCUGCUCAUGUCGAGAGUUGCUUCGUUGGCCAUCAUACCGCGACACACGCGCAAGUUCGCCGCGCAGUUGCAGCGCGUGGGUAGUGUUAGUGUGAGUGUGUUUGUUUGUGUGCGUGCGCUCGUGUGUGGGUGGUGCGUGUGUGCUUCCCUUGAGCGCGUGAGAGCGUGGCGUGAGGCAAGUGGAACACUCAAGGAGAGCGAGAAGGCGUGAGCGCGAGAGCGUACGACAACGAGAGCGCGCACGAGAUCGAAAACUCUCGCGAGAGCGUGCUAGGAGCGCGGAGGAGAGUUUUUGACAAUGAACGGCAUGACUUCCGAUGGCGAGGACGCCCCAGUCGGGAGCCGAAAGCUAGUGGUUCUUGGACUGCCAUGGGAAACCAAUACGGAAGCUCUCAAACAGUAUAUGAGCAAAUUUGGGGAUUUGGAUGAUGUAGUCGUGAUGAAGGAUCGUGCCACGGGGCGCUCGAGAGGUUUUGGAUAUGUCACGUUUAGCAAUGCAACAGACGCUGAGAAAGUUGUCCAGAUGAAGCACGAACUCGGUGGAAGGAACAUGGAAGUUAAGGUGGCCACCCCUAAGGAGGAAAUGAAGUCUGCUGUGAAGCAGGGCAUAACCCGAAUCUUUGUGGCACGUAUCCCUCAUUCCAUAGAUGAUGAUUCUUUCCGAGCGUACUUUGAGAAGUACGGAAACGUUACGGAUGCCUACAUGCCCAAGGAUCACACAUCGAAGCAGCAUCGUGGAAUUGGUUUCAUCACCUUUGACAAUCCGGAGGCUGUUGACAAGGUGAUGAAGGAAAUUCAUGAGCUUGGUGGGCAGCCUGUGGCGAUUGACCGUGCGCAGUCAAAGGAAGAGAGCUAUGGAAGAUGGGGACCUGGCAUGGGCCUUGGGAUGGGCCUGGGGAUGGGGAUGAUGGGCAUGGGCAUGGGUGGGAUGGGCCGGUUUGGCUGGGGCGGCACAGGAGUUAUGGGGUCCUAUGAUAGUUACGGAUCAACCGAUGGGCCAACGGCAUACGACCCCACACUCGGGCAGCACGUGCAGCAGUAUAGCAGUUUACCGCUAGGGGGGGUGUUUGGAGGAGUCGGGGGAACAGGAGGGGCAUUGGGUGGGAGAUCUAUGGACGGGGCAAGGGGUGGUUUGGGAUCCCAGGGCAUGCUCAGGGGUGGGGUAAGCCUUGGCCCGAAGAUUUUUGUGGGACGGCUUCCCGCGGAAACAACGUCUGAAGAUCUUCGGCGCUAUUUCAACAACUUUGGACGGAUUGCGGAUGUUUACCUCCCAAAGGAUCCGAAGAAGAACACCCACAGGGGUUUUGGUUUUGUGACGUUUGAAACUGAUGCGGCGGCUGAGCGUGUGGCAGCACGCAGUCAUGAAAUACAUGGACAACCAAUUGCUGUUGACCGAGCCUCUCCAAGAGAUGAUGUGGUGGGAGGAGCAAGUGCAGUCUCGCUUGGUACAGGCGGUGUUGUGGGUGGUACUUCUACCGGGGGAGCUGGUGGACCACUUCGGAACACGUCGAUUGGAGCUUCUGCCUAUGGAAGCGUCGGUGCUUAUGGAACACUAGGGAGCUCCAUGAUUGGACAAAGCAGUUGGGAUGGAUCCACAGGGGCUUAUAGGAGCUCCAGAGCGGAGAGGAGUUACAAGCCGUACUGAAGCUGUUAUGGAGGUAUAACGAUGCCCUGUUUUGUGCAAGCAGAGUGGUGAGGGAAACUCACUUUCAUUAAUCCUCUGAGAUGCGAUAUGCGGCUGACUUGGUGAUGGACAGCAUCUUCUGUUAGCUAGGAAGAGGGUACUGGACAAGAGAAGGGAGAACGAUGCACUUUUUUACCGUCAGUGAAGACGGUUCAGGCAGGACUGGACCUUGAUAUACUCAAAUGGAUCUACCGAGUUGUGUACCUGUUUAUGCUCUGUGAAUUAUGUGUCCAUACAUAUGAGAGGAAUAUCGAAAGUGCAUUGGAUAUUGUGGUCGUUUAGCGAUGAGCCACAGAGAGAGAAAGAUUUGAGGACAGUGGUUGCACUGAGCAGUGCAAAGUUGGGAUAUUAGGGGGAGCUUAAAAUGUGCGUUGGAGAGUGGCAGUGCCCGCAGACUGCUUGUAGAGUAGUAGAAAGGGUAGCCAGGGUAGGCGGUGUUUGUGCUGAAUGCUAUUUCAGUAGAAGCUGUCCUCUGCAGUGGUGAGGAGGGGAACUCUCAUUGGCCUGUGGCAUGCUUUGGGAAAGCUCUACACUUGUCGGUGCCUGUGUUGUUGCACACCAUUUGAGAACGGUCUCUAGGGGGGGGGGUACUCCAGGAGAGCCAGGGAAGAACAUCAACGGCAGUUUUUUUUUUGUUUUUCUGUUUUUGUUUUUCUGUUUCCUGUUGUAGCACUGGAAAAGCUCCUUUCAUUCUCUUCAGAUUCCUUUUGGAGUGGAUAUGACCAAACACAGUGUGGUCCUUUUGUCUGCUUGGUGUGAAUGCAGUCUGUGUGUGCUCACCCCAUGUCCUUGAGUGUGCUGCUUCUGUUGGCUUUGAUGUCAAUGGGUUCGGUCUCUGUGCUCCAAGUGAGUGGCGAAUGACCGUCGCUUUCAUGUCACAUCUAGCAGGUUUUGGUGGUGCAGCUGUCAAUCUCAGCAGACACGGUUGUAUGUCGUUGGUGGAGCGGUCUUUCAGCAUGUUUUGUGCGUCGUUGGCAGAUGCGCAGGGCGUGCAGCUUUUAGCGAGUGGUGCACAACUUCAUCUUUGCAGCAUCUUCUUCCUCUUCGUUCUACUCGAAUGUUUGUUGCUCUCCGGUAGCAGGAGUCUCUUUUAAGGAAACCCCGCAAGACAGGAGUUUAAAAGCGCAAACCACUGCAAAGCUGGCACAGCACCCUACAGAGACAUUGCGUGUGCAAGUUUUUUACAAAACGACUUGUCACAGUCGUCUCUUUUCAUGACUAUACACUGUCAUAAGACGUGAAAUUUAUUUUCAUUUAAGCCUUUAAGGCGA